AUGGACGACAAAAAGAAGCUCAGUGUGUUUUCAAUGCUUGUUUACGUCCUUUUGAUUCUGUCCGCGAUGAACUUCGUGUGGAAGUCAGGUGUCAUCGAGUCCAAGUACUUGGUGACCCGGGCCGUGGACAAGUGGGUGAGCAGUCACCACUUCCAGUUGGAUCCCACGAGGAAGUAUUUCAAAGAUAUCAACAGCAUAGAAGACAUGCAGGACUGGCUUCGCUAUGCCCUACCUCGGAUAAUGGCGCCGCCAAUGCAGCCAGCGAACUUUCCCCUCUAUGGAGUACGGUUCUCACUUCGAAAUGUUCAAGAGAUCAACAACACAGAGCCACGCUUUCAACGGCGAGCAGGUGUAACCUGGAAGGACAAAGUUGGUCUCGAGACCUCCUCCUCCACAGUGUCUGCCCUGACAGCAAGUUAUGAGAACGAUGACACCAGCAGUUACGGGGUGUAUCGCGAGUACGGCUUCAACUCUCCGCUGGCUGUCAGCCUCUUUACUGACGGCCUUCCUGCGACCGAAGAGAACUAUGCCCUUAUCGCAAACUUCAGCCUAGGCCUGCAGUGGUGCUCCAAGGAGUUCUCAAUGUGCUCCGGAGAGCUCUUAGGAACGCAGUCCAUCCCAAAGUGGAAAUCCCUGACGGACGUGGUUGACGACUGCAACUACCGCUGCGAGAAGCUGGAGCGGAACGGAAAGCUCUGCUACUGCUGGACUCGGACGCAGAGUGAAUGCAUGUUCUAUCACGUUCCGGUGCGACAGCUGGUGGACACACCCCCAUCUCUGCCUUGUUGGAAUCACUCAGCCGGCGAGAAUGUUUAUCCUAAGCUCGAGGAAGGUCACCUUGGCAGGACUGCCUACUUCCCCGUUCUGAAGCGCUUCGUGCAUUCCACGAACAUGUGGCGCCCGGAUUUGGUGAGAACCAAUGGCUUUGCCUCGAGCCAAGGUUUCGUGUACACCCUGUACUACUGGCCGCAAGAGCAAAUUGACUACCUGGCCGCGCUGCAGCUGAACAUCUCUAACGGUGCGGUCAGGACGACGUACUUCUCGCAGAGCCUCCUUUUCUCGCAGUUGAAUGAUUGGAUGCUCGGAGGAUUCCUCGGUCCAACGGCGGGCUACAUGGUGGUGGAUUGGAUGAACUGGAACGCGAACUUCGAGACCAUCACCUGGCUGGUUCUGAAGUUCAAGGCAGAGGCCUCGGGGCUGGUCACUGCGUCGCGGCGCAUCUACCAAGUUGUGGUUCCGGAGCAAGAUCUGAUGGCUGUGCGGGCAGAUCCGGAGAGCGCGAUCUGGCCCGACUUUGACCUUUGGCACGCGAUGUACAUCAUCCUCGUCAGCAGCUACUUCUUCCGGGAGAUGUAUGAGAUCGCCAUCACUGGAACGAAGUACUUCACGUCGGGCUGGGCCAUGUUGGCAAUAGCUGGAAUCGGCCUGCACAUCGCAACCAUCGUGCUGCGGUACCGCCACCACCAGUCCUUGGGCUUCACGCUGCAGACUGCACAGGCAGAGCCCGGAAGGCUAUUCAACCCCGACUUCAACAAAUUCGAAGACGAGGCCGUGGCCUGGGCAGACUUCAUCAUUGUGGCCGGUAUCAUGAUGGUCUUCCUGAACGGCUGCCUGGUGCAGUACUUGAACGACUUGAUUCCGCGUGUGUCGGUGCUGGUGGACACGGUGAGCAGGUCCAUCACGCCUGUGUUCUUCCUUGUGAUCAUUCUCGGCGACGUUUUCCUUGGCUUCGUGAUUUGGAGCAAUCUGCUCUUUGGCAAAAGCGUCAUCGACUUUUCCGACGUGCAGCUGUGUGCCAUUUCCCUGACAGAGAUGAUCUUCGGGCGUCUCUCGGUCGUGGAGGAUCUGCGCAAUGCCUUCCCACUGACCGGCUUCCUAUUCUACCUGACGUUUAUGAUUCUGUUCUUCUUCAUCCUGCAGUACCUGAGCAAAGCGAUUGUCUUCACAUCUUUCGAUGAUGCGAGCAGGCAGAGCAAGCACACCAAGGAACUCGUCGCGCCAGACUUGGGCGCCAACAACGACCAGUGUGCCAAGUUUUGGAAGCGCCAGCUGGCAUGGGGCAAGAGACUGCUGGGAAUCAACCGUCAAAGCAUUGCCGGCAAGGAUUUACAGAUUGCACACAGUGGCAGAGGCGAAGAAGGUGGGAAUAAAGCCAGCAUCUUCGCAUUCGGGUUUGUGGUGGCACUCUACGUCGUCUUUGUGAACUUGGUGCUCUGGGUCCCUGAAGCCAAUGACGUCGUGCAGUCGCUCACAUUGGCUAUAAAGACCCCCACGUUCCGAAAGCUCUACCCGCUCUCGGGGGAGAUCGAGCGCGACAUGAACUUUGAUAAGAUCGAGUCGCCCGAGGAUGUGAUGCUGUGGAUGGCAGUUGGCCUCCCCACCACUCUCUACAACUCCUCCACUGCCUUGCCAGGCGAGAACGAACUGGAGACCUAUGCGGCAUCCAGGGAGUACAGACAGGCUGUCAUCAAUGACUGGAAUAUUCUUCUGGGGCAGACCCCAGUUCGCAUGAGCUUCAAGUACGACAAGCUCCAACAAGCCCCCUGGGAGUCGGCGACCACGCGGCUGCCUGUGCCACAGCUGAUCCGCACGCAAGAGGCUGUCACAGACAAAGCCGACGUCCGUGACGACCGGGCCCGCACGAUGCUGGAGAAGUACUGUGGCAACUUCACAGCCGCCUACGGGUCCCAGCAGGCGGCGAAUGGAUUCACGUGUAUGCUGAGUGUGGAUUACUCUGCAACGCGUGCAGCCCUUUUCGACAUGCAGCUGAAUGGCAUUGUGACAAACCAAACAUCACAACUUGCGAUCGACUUCGUGGCCUACAAUGGCCAUGUUGACAUGUUCUUCUAUGUCGCAGUUGUCUUUGAUUUCUCGAUCAGUGGUUAUGUCGAGAAGGAAAUACUGGUGGAGACCAUCAAGCUCCCGGAUGUUUCAAGUUCGCUGUUCGCAGUGCGGCUGUUCCUGGAAAUUGUCGUUAUUGUCUUCACCAUCUCGCGCCUGGCCUUGGCUUUGCGGGAGAUCUACAGGGCAACGCUGGCCGGCAUUCGCAAGGGCAAGGCCAGCAAGUUCGGGGAGCGGCUUUGGGUGGCCAUCCAGGUGGUCACUUUCCGGGUGCUCGGGAAUCCAUUUGUCCUCCUCGACUUCCUCAGUGGCAUCACGACCAUUGUGACCCUGGUCAUGUGGUACUCCUUUGUCCUCUUGGAUUUGACACAGUCCUUCUUCUUCCCGGAAUCGCCCGUGUGGACGCCUGCCCAGUGCACGCAGAUCGGCUUGUGCAGUGAUGCAGCAGUUAUAGCCAAGUUCGCUGCGGCCGGCACUCAGAUGAGGUCGUUUGCUCAAAUCUGUGCGGCCAACACCAUCUUCUUGUUCGUGUGCUCGCAAAAAUAUUUGGAAGCCUACCCCUACUGCAGGGUCAUAUCCAACACCAUCAUCCGUGGAGCAGCUGACAUCUUCUGUUUCUUGGUCGUGAUGGUCGUGCUCCUCAUGGGUUAUGUGAGCAUGGGCCACACGAUCUUCGGAACGAUCAUGGAAGACUUCUCUACGAUCCCACACUCUCUCAUCACCUGCUUUCAGAUGUUCCUCGGCACCUUUCGAAACUUCGAGGCCAUGCGGCAAGCAAACAGCUUCGCGUAUUACUUCUAUUGGUACACCUACAUGGUCCUGUUCAGGUAUGUGCUGGUGAACAUGUUCUUUGCCAUCAUCGCCAAACACUUCGAGGUUGAGGACAAAGAGACUGAGGAGAGGAUGCGGCAGGAGACCGAGGCCAGGGAGGCCAGUGGUGAGGUGCAGCAGGGCUUCUUCAAGCACUGCAUCCAGGUUUGCAAGUCCGGACUCGCGAGUCUGGUCGGACGGGACAAGGGCAAUCCCUACGAGGUGGAUGAUGCCGAAAGCACGGCGGAGACUGGCAUGGACUUGACCGAAGGAUUUGACGACGAGUCCGUGAGCAUGCCACGAUCGCCAAGAUCGCCGUCCGUGAGAGGCGGCAUCGCAGACAUGCUCGACGACUCGCCGUUGGACUGCAGCUUCAUCACGGAGCAGACGGUCCACGAAAAGCAUUGGCAGUAUCUUCCCGAGAAGACCAAGAAGUGGGCCAUCGAACGAGCGCAAGAGAUAUACACCUUCAUCGAGGAGAAGAGCAAGCUGCGCGAGCAGAGCGAAAAGAACAACAAGGAGGUGUACGACAUUGACAGCAUCCUGCAGGAUGCGGAGCAUCAGAUACAGGAGAAAGGCCUUGAGUUCGGCAAAUCAGCAGAGAAGGUCAAGCGCGAGCUGGGCCAAAGGGAGCUGAGGUCUCUGAAGGUCAUCCACCAGGACCAGGAGAGCCUGGCCUGGUACAUCAUGAAAAGGGAGGUGGAGCUCAAGAAGCUGGAGGAGAGCAAGGCACUGGCAGACACGUCAGCCCUUUCUGAGAUAUGGAUUCGUCUCAGCAUGGAGAUGCUCACAAGUCUAUAA